AGUCCUCAGAAGAUCAAAAUUAAUGACCAGUUUGACCUCUCGGUGAUGAAAAAGGCCAGGAUGAGAGUUGAGCAUGCAGGAGAGCAAGAGAAGUUCAUUAUGGAUCAGAUCUCUCCUACUAAUAUCCCUCCAAGUGGCUUUAAAAAUAAUUCGGAGGAGAUCAAAGAGGAAUAUGAGGAGAGUGUCAGUGGGAGCAAAACUGAUGAAGAGUUUUAUCAAAUAGAUAUGCUCAAAAGUGAUUUAAAGAGUGAUACAGUUACUCUCAAUUUAAGUAAAUCUCCAAGGAUCCAGCACCAAAUAUUGAAUAAGAAUGAUGACACUAUUUCUGCAUCAAAAGAUCCAAAUGAGGGGCAGAAGUUAGGAGAGCUUCCUGCAGCAAAAAGGCUAAUCUUCAACAGUAAAAAUCAAGAGCACAGAGGAGACGAAGGAGCUGAUAGCUCCCCUCCUCAAAGUUUCGCAGCUUUAGUUCGUGGAAAAGAGAAUGCUACUCCAAAUAAUGGUCUAAUUAACAAUAAGAAUCGUGCAGAAAUAUUUAACACUAUGCCUGUCCUUAAAGAGAAUUCUACACUCUCUGUUUCUGUAAUGGAAAGCGAAAGGAAGACACCAAAUAAGCUAGUUGAAAGGCAAGAAGUUAUCCAAGUAGAGGUAGAAGACUCAGGAUUUGAUGAUUUCAAGAGCUUUGAGGAUCAAAAAGACUUCGAUGAAUACAAAAAGGAAGAUUUUAACAACUACCUUAACUUAAAAAGAGAGGAAGACUCCUUUGAUUAUGAAUCUGAGCUGAGUAUUCCCAUUGAGAACGUUGAUGGGCAUUUUUAAUACCUAAUUCCUGCUAAUAUUCUGAUUACCAA